AUGAGCAAUAACAUCAAGGAAGUCAACGGCACGCUUGUGACCAAUACCGAUGUUUCGCCCCCAAAUGACUGGACUAAUAACUAUGAAGAUAUGGGUGGUGAUAUGCAGUGGGGUGAAUACGGCGAUGUUGGCGAAGUUUGCAAAGGAUACGAUCUCAACGGCACGGUCAAACCCCUCUUUGCCAUGCAAUCCUACACGGGAGAGGCUAUAUCCCUUUUCGAACUCAGCGGCAAACACUAUAUCUACAAUGCCAUCGAAGGAUCGCUAUACCUGAUUAAUAAGCCUGAUGAUCUUCAGACUAUUGUGGAGAUAAUUGACGACCCGGAUAAGGGUAUGGGUGCGCUUGAAAUUGAGGCCCUCUAG